UAUGUUUUGUUGCUUCACACACUCUAUAGUUCCAUGUUAGCAAAAUGGUUCACUUCAUAUUUUGUUAUCCAACAUGCCAAUUGUGUUUCUUGUUAUAAAAAAAUUGAAUAGCUUCAAUAAAUCUAUGUAUGAUUAUGCCACCCUUUUGGAAAUUUUAGAGAAAAAAGGGAAAUUUGGCACCCCAUUUGUGUUGUCUGACAAUAAUGGAGCCCAGGAUUAAGUAUUUUCUUCUUCUAAGAGUCUUUCAAAUUGAUUGAAGGGACUUUUGUGAAUUUUGCCAGAAGACAUGGCUACUGCAAAUGGUGGAACUGGAGCUGAGAAGCACAAGAGGAAAACUAAUGAUCCUUUUCUUAAGCAAGGGGGACACCAACUCAUGCCAAGAUCACCUAGAUUGUGCACACCUAUUCGGAAGGAAUGGCCGGAGAGUUUUCCGAAUGACAAUGUGAUUGGUAAUGAGGAUAAUGGUUUGAAUAGAUAUAUUACUUCCUUAGCUGGAUCUGGACCUCCUGGUACUAGUUUUUGCUCCUCAAUAGAUUCUGAACACAUUGUUGAAGAGUUGCCUGUUAGGAAUUAUAAGAACCCGAAUUAUUUGACUAUUGAGUCUAAGUAUAAUAGAUUGAGUAGAGAAAUUGUCCCCAAGGUUGAGGAACAGAUACCACUCAGAUUAAGCAAAGGACUCAAGGGAAUUGAUUCUGAAUUUUGGGGCCUGAAGUCUCUUCCUGGCAAGAGUGUAAAUCAUGACUCACUGAAUGUCUCAGAAGGUAGAAGCAAUAUGGGCAAGGCUAUCAUCUCAAACAAUGCACAUCUAAUUAGCAGUAUAACUCAGAGUACUUCAUCUGCAUAUAAUUAUCCUCAAUUGAUUGUAAAGCAAACAAAGAAGGGAAAGGGGAUUAUUUGUGAAGAUUUAAACCAAAGCUUCAGUACUGGAGGAGCACUUAACAGCCAAGAGGAUGAGAAACCUGCUUUUGCAGCUAAGUUUCAAUCCGAGACACUGGUGAGAUCAAAUGUUGAUGAGAAUAAGCCUUUAUUGGAAGGAACUUUCUUGUCUGGUAGCAAAGGACUCAACUUAAGAGAGUGGCUGAAGUCUGAAGGACAUAAAGUAAAUAAAUCAGGAAGGAUUCGUAUAUUUAAGCAGGUAUUGGAAUUGGUUGAUUUUGAACACUCUCAAGGACUCGUCUUGCUAGACUUUCGACCAUCUUGUUUCACUUUAUUGCCUUCAAGUAAAAUUAAGUAUAUUGGUUCAUAUGGCCAACAAGAGUUAGAUGAUGAAGUCAUGACAUGUAAUGUGACUAGGAAAAGGCCUUUGGAACAGAACACCUGUGCUUGCCAGAGUUUGAGUACAAAGCAACAAAAGCUCUGUGAGGAGACAGGAUCUUCGAGGCAGCAGCAUCACGGUACCAGUAUUCAUGGCUGCCGGAUGACAGUAAAUCAAACUGACUCAGACACAAACAGACCUGUGGAAUCAAAGAGUAAAGAAAGUCUAUGCCAAAAUAAUUCUAUUUGUACUGAAGAAAAGCAGUUUAUGUCUGCAUUUAUUAAGUUAGAAGAGAAGUGGUAUUGUAGUCCAGAAGUGCUCAACGAUGGAGUAUGCAUGUUGUCAUCAAAUAUUUAUAGUCUUGGAGUUCUCCUUUUUGAGUUGCUGUGCAAUAUUGAGCCAUGGGAGGCGCAUUCAACUGCGAUGUUGGAUUUGUGUCAGAGAAUCUUACCACCUAAAUUUCUAGCAGAAAAUCCGAAGGAAGCUGGCUUUUGUCUUUGGCUUUUGCAUCCUGAACCUUCUUCUCGCCCCAAUGCCAGAAUGAUUUUAGAGUCAGAAGUUAUGCGUGAAUCAGAGGAAUCAAAUUCUGUAGAUGAUGUUGGAAUAUCUGAUGACGAGGCUGAAACAGAGCAAUUACUAGAUUUUCUAAUUUUAAUCAAAGAAGCAAAGAAAAAACGGGAAGCGAAGCUGGAAGAAGAGCUAAAUUUAUUGAAUGAAGAUAUUAAGGAGGUAGAAAAAAGUUAUUCAUUUGUGACAGAUUCAGUAUUUCCUUUGGUGCAAAUGAACAAUCCUGAAGUGAGAGGAGACAAUUUAUAUUUUCAAGAUCCUUCCGGUUCAGACAUUAGUAGAUCCAUUCGAAGGUCAUUUGGUGAUGAAGAAAGAUUUAUGAGUAAUCUAAAUCAGCUAGAGAAUUCUUACUUUUCCAUGAGAUUCCGAGUGCUGCCAAAAGAGGCUUCAUCUGUUUCAAGCAAUGAAAAAAAUGUGAUGGAAAGUAGAUGGAGGUUGCCUCAAGUAGAGAAUGUUAAUAAGGAGUCUAGAAGAAUUCAGAGUUCUGUUGGUUGUGUAGGAUCCUUCUUUGAAGGUUUAUGCAAGUUUGCUCGUUACAGCAAGUUUGAAGAGUGUGGCAGAUUAAGAAAUAGAGAUCUGCUUAGUUCUGCCAAUGUAAUGUGUGCUCUAAGUUUUGACCGUGAUGAGGAUCACAUUGCAGCAGGAGGAGUUUCAAAGAAAAUCAAGAUUUUCGACCUUAAUGCUAUUGCAAGCGAUUCUGUUGACAUCCAGUACCCAGUAAUUGAGAUGUCAAAUAAAUCAAAGCUUAGUUGUGUGUGCUGGAACACUUACAUUAAAAAUCAUCUGGCAUCUACUGACUAUGAUGGUGCAGUUCAGAUGUGGGAUGCAGACACGGGUCAGCCAUUGUCUCAAUACAUGGAGCACCAAAAGAGAGCUUGGUCUGUUCACUUUUCUCUGUCAGACCCAAAAAUGUUUGCUAGUGGAAGUGAUGACUGCUCUGUCAAACUGUGGAGUAUCAGCGAGAGAAAUUCUCUGGGAACCAUAUGGAAACCUGCCAAUAUAUGCUGUGUUCAGUUCUCUGCUUACUCAACAAAUCUUCUAUUUUUUGGAUCAGCUGAUUACAAGGUUUAUGGUUAUGAUCUUCGUCACACUAGAAUUCCUUGGUGCACAUUAGCUGGUCAUGGCAAAGCUGUUAGCUAUGUAAAAUUUAUAGAUUCUGAAGCAGUUGUCUCUGCUUCCACUGACAACUCUUUAAAGCUUUGGGACCUGAACAAAACCAGCUCUUCUGGUUUGUCAUCUGAUGCUUGUGCCAUGACCUUUAAAGGUCAUAGUAAUGAAAAGAAUUUCGUGGGAUUAUCUGUUUUGGAUGGAUACAUUGCAUGUGGUUCAGAAUCUAAUGAGGUGUACUGUUAUCACAAAUCACUGCCUGUGCCAAUUGCUACUCAUAAAUUUGAGUCAAUUGAUCACAUUUCUGGUCAUCUAAAUAGUGGUGAUAAUAAUGGACAGUUUGUUUCUAGUGUUUGCUGGAGAAAGAAAUCUAACAUGCUUGUUGCUGCCAACUCAGUUGGAAUUGUGAAACUAUUGCAGAUGGUCUGACAGAAAAGAGAAAAUAUUUGGUUAACAUUUAAGCCUGAAAAGCUAUUCAUUUCCUGACUCGAUAAUAUUUUGAUUUAGUAUACCUGUCAGAAGACUAGUUCUUUAUUCAGGCUUCAAUGAUUAAUAGGGUAUAAAGCUUAAAUGGGUUCACCAUUUGGCAUUGCUUCUGAGGCAAGCAUCAAUGUACAAUUGUGAACCAAAGUAAGCUGAACAAGAAAUGUACAUAGCAUGUACAAAUGUAGGCUUUUGAACUGAAGCACUGAUGAAGCUGGAGCAUGCAAGUCUCUCUCAAAUGCGGUAUUGCACGUUACUAGUGGUUUUCUCUAAUGUCUGAUCCAUUACUUCUGUAUAUAGCACGCCCUCCUAAGCAGAGAUACAUACUAAUUACCUUUACUUUCAGAUCACUUUUAGUUUCUCGGAAAAGUACAGGAGAUGAUCUAUGCUUUGCAUUUACUUUGACAUAUAUUAACUGUUGUAGUUAAUAUGAUGGUUCAAAUAUUAAUUUUACGCUUUCAUUUAAAAUUGUGGACAAGUUGCAUCUGCA